GGAGCUCCGGCUACCUACCUAAGUGGGAAGAGUGCCAAAUUUCUCGGUCCUGCCAGAACAAAUAUCUUUUACGAUCACGAAUCUUCUCGCAUUCGAAUUCGGGAAUAAUCUCUUUCUAUGCGUACUAUGAUGAGAUUCUCAAAGGGUAUCAAGACCCGAUCUUUCAUCAGAAUAUCAAGAUGAGAUGAUCUGGUUGAGAUGCCCAUCGACCGUUAUUGUGACGAAGGAAAGCUCUCUCGAAACACCUCGCAAGAGUUCUGACUGGCUAGUCGAACAAUCUUUGCAUCCGAGAGCUUCUCUCCCUCAAGCCUUAACUUGUAGCUCGGCCUUUUCACGCUUCAGAAUGAUCCGAGGAAACUUCUCACAUCUCCCGAGUUUGUUUCGGAGAUCAGACGGCCGGGAACACCAUCGUUUAAGUUGUGCCAGAUCUUUCCAAUCGCUAUGCUCGAUUGCUGUUUUGUUUCCUUCUGGUCCAAUCGCAAUUUUAGAUUCACCAAAUAGUCAUAUCCGUUGAGUUCUACCUCGGCAAGUUGCUCGAGGAGGACUAUGGUUUGUCCGAGUAGACACAAUGCUGAGCACAAUUGCCUGUUUGGUAACAUUAGCGAAGGCAUUGGAG